UUUGGCGUCUUUCUCUAUGACAUAGGUGAAUAAUCUUUGAUAUUGUUAUUGUGUGUUAAAAUCUGUGGCUUAGAAAUUGUUGUGGUUAAUGUUGUUUAAUUCAAGUUUAGACAAAUCGCUAUUCAUUAAUGUUAUUUGAAUCAAAGGCUCACUUCAGCAUCUGAUUCAAGCAAGUUUCUAUACAGAGGUAAUUUCCUGUAGUUUACUUCUGCAUGUUCAAAUGGAGAGUUUUGAUGGUGAUGCUCAGCAAGACAUUUUGGCCUCUAGAAUAUCGGAACUGGUGUCUCUUGGAAACAAAGGGGAAGCGUUGACCUUACUUCAGGAAGACAAAUACAGAAAAUUUGUCGAGGGUAACUGCUGGGAACUCAUCCCAGUGCUAACAAAACACCUGUCAGAGACUACUGCUGCUACCUCUCCUCAGCUGUUUGACUGUUCAUGCACUUUGCUGCAGGAAAUAGCAGAGAGGUCAAAUCCAAAGGAAGCCCUGAUAGGUUUCUUAGAAGAGGCAGAAGAUAAAGAAAAUCAUGUCAAGUUCUUAGCACUUCUGGAUCCUUUGAGAAGAGUGCUAUUGAGGUUUCCUUCGAGGCGUGCACAGUCUCUUGAACUCUGUUUGGAAGUUAUUGAAUCACAUUUGGAUUCUUUGGCACUGCCUAAAAAUCAUGUUUUGGAAGGUGAAGAACGUUUGCUUUUGGAUGCUGAUCCAUGUGUGGAAAAAAUUGCUGAAACUUACUCCGAACUUAUUACCUUUUACGAACCUUUUGCGACAGAUUUUUCUGUGGAUUACUGUAAAUUCCUUGAUGUAGCCAAUCGUUCCGAGCGAAUUGUAUUGAUAACUCAUCUGCUUAGAAUACUUGGUAAACCUCUUGCGUACCUUGACAUGGACUGUGAUGAUACUGCCAAGAGUGCUAGCAGGAACAUUGCAGAGAAACUUUUAGCUUAUUUAAACCUCUUGGUUAAUGACCUUUUCAUUUUUCUGGCAGCAGUUGAAGAGAAAGAGACUACGAUAAAUGAAGACAGUUGUGCAGAUGUUACUCAUGGGUCACAUUCGUGCAUUGUUGACUGUAAUGUUAACGCACUUUCUUUUUCAAUGUUGUAUUAUCUGUUGCUUGGUGAAGGUGUCAAUCUAGAUAGUGUUCCUCUAGUAUAUGACGUACUUUAUGUGUUUCAGAGAGUGCUUUACCUUGCAGCAUUCCUUUUGAGACAGCCAAGUCACUUGCUUGUUCACAAAGGUCUACGUCUCGCUAGCGCAGUUCUUGUCAGGUUGCCCAGAGGCGAGGUGCCGUCUGAGCUGCUGGAUUCGCCAAACCAUAAACAUUUUGCACAAUCUCUUUGUAAUAUUUUAAUAUAUUCGGAACAGAAAGAGAACAGACUCUCUGCUCUUAAGAUCCUCAAGAUGUACUUGUUUAUAUUUGAUCAUAAAGGCAGGUACUUGUUGAUGUGCAAUUUGCCUGAAGUGUGCAACCACGAUGGAGCAAUGGAACUGCUAGUUGUUACUUUCAAAGAUAUGAUAUACGAAGCCAACAAUGGGGGAGGCGCACCUUGUUCUAAAUAUUUUAUGGGUGGUCAUCUCAGAAGCUUGCUACUUUCUUUAUCUGCGUUGACACAUGGUGUGGAGUCGGACCUGGUGGAAACGGCCAAGCAGAUUUUAGCAUCACUGAACCUGGUUCGUUUCCUGAUUCUGUACGACAAAGAAGGCCUGCUGGGGGUGCGGGAGGCAUUGCCUGAAUUGGAGCAGCGACUGCUGGAACCACUGAAGCAAGGCAUAACCUUGUCUCGAGCCCACUACGAGUUGAAGUUGAAGGAUCUGAAGGAAGAGUAUGUGCAGAAUGUGAAACUUAAGGACUCUAGAGUUUCCUUAACUGUUGGGGAAAAGAUUCUUCCUAACCUGCCGAUGGAGAGCAAAGUUACCUUUCUUAAAUCUGCUCUCCAGUGUUUUGAUCUAAUGGAGUUUUCUUUGGGUCAGGUCCAUGACUGCAUGCGAGAAUCAAGUCUAAAAAAAUAAUGUGUUUUUUGUCUUUUUAACUUGGCAAAUAUGAUAAAUGGAGGUAAUUCUGAUAGAAUAUAUAUUGUAUAUGAUCAUCAAAAAUUGUCACAGCAUAUUUUCAAAAAACUUUUAUCUUUGUUUGAAAUUAAUUUCAGCUCUCAAAUAUUAAUGUAACUCUUUAAACACUGCUUGAAUAAGAUUAAAGUCCUGAUACUUGUGUUUCACUAUGAGCAGUAAAAAUAAGCAAGUUGAUUGCUCGCUGCUUUGGAUUAUAUGAAUAUAGUGUACUAUGUGUACUAAGUA